UGAUUUCGCCGGAACUUCCAUCUCCGCCGCCAAUUUUGCCGGAUAAAGCAACUCCAUUUUGACAUGUUUCCCUUCUGCAAUGCCCACUUCAUAUUUACCUUCCAAAGCUCUCACUCUUCGUACAAACAAGAAGCUCAAUAAUUCAUGCUUAGUACAAAAGAUUCUCAAUCUCUCUUCGCAAGGCUAUCUUAAACAAGCCUUCAAUUACCUUAACAUCCUAAACCGUAAAGGCGUUCGCUUAGACAGUAAAACUCUUGCUUCUAUCAUUCAACAAUGUGCCAAUUCCAGGUCACGUGAAGAAGGAAAAUGGAUCCAUUUGCAUCUCAAAACUACUGGGUGGAAACACCCCACUACAUUUCUAGCCAACCAUUUAAUUAAUAUGUAUAGUAGAUGUGGUGAUCAUAUGGAAGCACGUAAGGUGUUCGAUAAAAUGACUACGAGAAAUUUGUAUUCAUGGAAUAAUAUGCUUUCUGGGUAUACAAAGUUAGGCCUGAUUAAGGCUGCUAAAAGGUUAUUUGACCAAAUGCCGGAGAAAGACGUCGUUUCUUGGAAUACUAUGGUGAUUGGCCAUGCUCAGGUUGGCUACUUCAACGAGGCUCUCAAGUUGUAUAGGGAAUUUAGGAGGUUAAGUAUUGGGUUCAAUGAAUAUAGCUUUGCUGGGGUGAUCACUGCAUGUGUUAAGUCCAGGGAUUUUUCUCUCACAGGGCAGGUUCAUUGUCAAGUAUUCAUAGCUGGGUUUUUAUCCAAUAUAGUUCUUUCUAGUUCAAUUGUUGAUGCUUAUGCAAAAUGUGGGAAGAUGAGCGAUGCUAGGAGGUUGUUUGAUGCAAUGCGAGUAAGAGACAUUCUUGCCUGGACCACCUUGGUUUCAGGUUAUUCAAAGUGCGGCGAUAUGCUGUCAGCCAGGGAGCUUUUUGAAGCAAUGCCUGAGAAGAAUCCUGUUUCUUGGACAGCUUUGGUUGCUGGUUAUUCCCACAGUGGCAUGAGCAUUCAGGCCCUUGAGUUAUUUGCAAAGAUGAUGAAGCUUCAGGUCCAACCUGAUCAGUUUACAUUUAGUAGUUGCCUAUCUGCUUGUGUUGGUAUAGCAUCACUCAAGCACGGUAAGCAAAUACAUGCAUUUCUGGUGAAUGCUGGUUUUAGACCUAAUACAAUUGUUUUGAGUUCACUCAUUGAUAUGUAUUCAAAAUGUGGAAGUUUAGAAGUUGCAAGGAGGGUAUUUGAUACGGCAUAUAACAAGCAUGAUACAGUAUUAUGGAAUACUAUGUUGUCUGCAUUAGCACAACAUGGCAUGGGUGAAGAGGCGAUUGAAAUGUUCUUUAAGAUGGUGAAGUUUGGAGUGAAACCAAACCGUAUCACCUUUGUUGUCCUUCUCAAUGCUUGUAGUCAUUCUGGGUUAGUGCAAGAAGGGCUUUCCUUUUUCGAGACAAUGCCCUCUAGUUAUGAUGUUCUUCCUGAUCAAGAACAUUUUGCAUGCAUAAUUGACCUCUUGGGUAGGGCAGGACAUUUUAGUGAAGUGCUAGCUCAGAUAAAGAAGAUGCCUUGUGAACCUGAUGAUCAUAUUUGGAAUGCCUUACUUGGUGUUUGUAGGAUUCAUGGAAAUGUGGAGUUGGGUAGAAUGGCUGCAGAACUGCUAAUAGAGCUGGACCCACAGUCUCCUGCCGCAUAUUUGCUGUUGUCAAGUAUUUAUGGUGUACUUGGGAUGUGGGAAAAUGUAGAGAAAGUGAGACAGCUUAUGAAUGAGAGACAUGUUAGGAAAGAGGAGGCUGUUAGUUGGUUAGAGAUUGAACAUAAAAUGCUCCCGUAUUUUGGGUGCAAUAAGUUGAAUACUCUGGAGAGAGAUGGACGCUCUAUUUUGCAACUGCUAGCUGAUAAGACAAAUGCUGAUGAUCUAGUACAUGAUAGUAAAAGGUAGCAACCUUUGCUGUGAAGUACAAGGGCCACCGUUUCAACUGGAGCAUACCAGAAAAUUAGCCUCUUGUAUGCUUUUGGCUGCCAUGGGCUUCACAAUUAUCACCUGUAAUUUGUCUCGAGAUUUGAAUGACUGGUUGAACUUAGAGACCAAGGGCGUUAACAGAUAAACUGCUAGUUUGGCCACUGGUUACGUUUUUGGUGUGUUAUGCCUGGGAAAGAUUGAUGAGGUGGGCUUUCCCCGGUAAGAUGCCUGCCUGGAAGCAACAGCAAUGUCAAGCUCUGAAAGAAGCACACUUAGUCCCUGGUGAUUGAGAACCAGGGAUUUAAAGCCGGCAGGUACUCAGUAAUAGUUAUUCAGCACCCUGCUGGAUAGUAUUUUGUUGUAUUGGAAGAUCAUGGCUAAUAUUUUGCUGAAUUUUGAUUUUUGUUGUCUCCCUUAUCGUAAGAGACCAAUAACCACCUUUUUUUUUCCUUUGAUAAAAAAGUCCUUUUCCUCACUUGUGGGAUUACAUUUUGUUUGUUGUUGUUGAUAGAAAAGCUCUUUUUAUGUUA